GUCAAAAGCAUUCGUAUUACAUCUUGAAUCUUGAUUCUCCAAUCUUUUCCAAUCUUCCUCCUCGCCGGGAGACGUCAUGUUCUCCCAGAUCCCCUCAGCCCUCUACGAAUCGCUCUUCCAUGCUGCCGCCAUAGACCUCGUCAUUCCGGAAGUCUCGACCUUCAACCCGAAUCCCUCGGACGAUGACUUGCCGACAUGGUGGGCUGCGCUCGAGCAAGCAUCAGCCAGGAAUACCGCAUUCUUUGACGAGAAUCUCGACUAUUUUGUCGCUAUGACUUUGCCGGACGAAAGCUUAGCUGGAUUACCUGGAACCACGGUGGUGGAUGCUAAAGAGCCUCCUUCCGAGAUGCUCAGAUUUUUAGGACGUCUAGACUUGACAAUGUCGGCAUCAUUCGUCCCCAAACUCCCUGCCAUGGAAGUUCGUAGACCACCUGUAACCUCUAUAUCCAAUGGCAAUCUCUCAGCACCGCAAACAUCAGCAACCCUUGCCCCUCCCAUGCUUAGUCAUUCUCAGGCCGGAGCUGCGCGAGCAAACCCUUCGCCGACGAACCCACCCAUAACGCCGAACCCGUUUCCGGCCAUGUCAUCUGAAGAAGAACAGUACGCGAAUGUAGACGGUGUGGUGGUUUGGGAGGGCAAGGUGGAGGAGUCAAAAGCGGGGAACCAAAGGGAAAGCAAGAACGAAAACUGGCAUUCUUGGGGAAGGAGGAUAUCCAGGAGGAACGGGGCCUGGGAGGUCAUUUGGAAAGGGGAAAUCCCGGUCGUAUUUGUCCGUACGAAUGUCGAAAACCCUGUACUCUCGUUAACGGCCUCGGUAACUCUUCGUGACCAGAAUAGCCACAGCAAGGCACACCGGAAAGGCUUUAGCCUCGACGCUAUAUCAAUACGUAGCGGUACGGAGACUAUCCGGACAGACGGCACCGAGUUUGAGGAUUAUGAGUCUGAUGAUGACGAAAGUUGGGCAGGUAUGGAAGAAAUUGAUUUGCUUGGAGGUUUGGCUGGGAAGGAAAACAUGAUGCCUGCUAGUCGACUACCGGCACCAAUACGGAACGAUUUAUUCAUACCUGAUGGGCCACUCCCAUCAUCUUUACCUCUUUCAGCAAUGACUCCUAACUCAGCUCCCCCUAUCGUCACUCCCUCAACAGCUUCAACUGGAGCGCAUCAUGAAAGAGGCCCACUGCCCACGACAACCGUAGCUACUCUCUCCACUACUCUACGCAAAUCAUUUCGCCGGAUACUUGCCAUUGCUCCUGGUAUUCGAGUGAAAAUGAACACUGUGACCUUGCCACAACUUCUUCCUCUCACACCAUCAUCCAACGGUGAUGAUGAAGACCAUCAAGGUGAAACACGAGUGGCCAUUGUCAUCCAUCUCGAAAACAGCAUAGAACCAUCCAUUCUACAUGGCUUUGAAAUAUCACGAAUCGACAUUACCAUUGGCGGCAAGUCCUCUGGUAUCACAACAAAACUUUUAUAUCAGACGGAAGGUUCAUCAGGGCAUGAUAUUUUCCCAAUUCGCCUAGGCUCGACAGAGCAGUAUAAUUUGUUCUACGUAGUAGACUUUGUGGGGGAGAGGACGAAUGACCCUUUGCAGGAAUCAAUAGCAAGGAACUUGGGAGCGAGUGAGCAAGUCCGUCCAGUGUCUAUUCACGUCAUCGGCAGACCGUAUCGUCUAAAGUCCUUGGAUUCGGAUGAAUACGACUAUCCAACAAAGACCUUUGAUUCUUCCUGGAACACCUCUAUCGACUUGACCAACUUUUACGCUUCUCGACCACCCUCUGCUCGCCUUUCUCUCCAGAAUCCCCCUCUGGCGGGCAACGCUCAUCGCCCAACAUCAUUAAAUCUUUCGAACCCUGUUCUCGGCGACAAGCGGUACAACAUGGCCAGCCUUGUGUCCGCUGAGCAAGGCAGAGAGAGGGACAGUGUACAAACAAGGAAUCGACCAAUGAUGCCUAGUCAAAUGGUGCAGAAUCGACGAGUAGUUUCCGGUGUUCGCGUCCCGUCGAUGAAUGGACCUCCGCGCGACUAUGGUCUCUUGAUGUCUGUCAAAAUCCUUCCUCAAUCCUCUUCUUCCACUCCUUCCGACACAAUUAAACCCUUGGUCCCAUUUUCCAUCGAGGUUUUUGUCCAUAACAGGACAGACCAAGUUCGUCGUUUUAGAUUGAUUGUACCGGGGAGAGAAGAUGGCAUCAGGUGGGAAGCGAGAGUGAGAGAAGUUUUGGAAAGGGGAAUGAAAAAGGGUGGGGAUCUUAUGGGAGUUGGAGAUGAAGCUUUUCUGAGAACGUCAUUGGCUUCAUACAUCUCUGCAUCAACGCCUCUCAUACCACUAGAGGAUAACAUCCGAUGCGGUCCGCUCUUACCCGGCGCCAGUCUUUCAGCACGAAUACGUUUCCUACCAUUACGAGAGGGCAUUCACCAGAUAGAGAGGCUGAGAGUGGUAGGAGUUGGAGAUGAGGUCGAUUUUAUGAUGAGUCCUGUGAUGGACGUCGUGGUUGGCAACGGUAUCGAUGGGAUUUAAUCUUACAAGACCUAUAAUUGUUGUAAAUAAUGAAACCCGUUUGCAUAUGCAUUGCUUGUGGAGCAAAAAAAAA